AUGGAAAAUCGGAGGAAUUUAUUUGACAUUACGUUUGAUACGGAUACGGAAAAUGACGCAAAUUCGGAUAGUGACAUUAGUCUCGAUAGUGAAAGUGAGAUAGAAUCGGAAAGUGACAGUCAAAGUGAAAAUGAAAGUGCGGACGAAAAUGUUGAAUAUUCUCAGUGGAAGGCAAACGAUCGGUCAGACUUGCCUAAAGGACCAUUCACAGGCCCAAAUCCAGGACCUACUACAGAUCUUGAUGCGGACUCAAAUGAGUUUGAUUUCUUUGAACUGUUCUUUCCUGCAUUUCUGAUUGAGCUACUUUGUAGACAGACAAACUUGUAUGCAGGGCAGAAGCAGAGAAAUAAACCAGAUCCUAAUUGGCGGCCAGUUGUAGAACCUGAAAUGAAAGCCUGGCUAGGAGUCCGGGUGUUCAUGAGUAUACUAGAGUUACCACAGACAGCGCUGUAUUGGUCAAAGGAUUCGUUAUUCGGCCACCUAAAUAUUAGACGUGUUAUGACGAGAGAUCGUUUUGACAAGAUUUCACAGUAUUUACAUGCUAACGACUCAACGACAAAUACACCACGAGGACAAGAUGGGCACGAAAAACUCAACCAUGUACGGCAUGUAUUAGAUGAGGUUCUUCGACGGUGCAAAGAAAAUUACAAUCCCCAUCAGAACGUAAAUGUGGAUGAAGCUAUGGUGAAAUAUCGUGAACUAUGGUGA